AUGUCGAGAGGAAUAGGUGCAAUAAAUUCGGCCGGCGAUUAUUUUUGGAUCGAACGAAAUGCUGAUGUUGUUGGUCGAGGUGGAUUUGGCCAAGUAUAUAAAGGUCGUAAUCGGAAUACUGGCGCAUUUGUUGCUGUGAAAACAUGUGUUUUUAAUGAUGAUUUCGCUCAUAAUCAUGAAAUUAAAUUAUUGCGACAAUUUGAUUCGCCUUAUAUUAUUAAAUAUAUUGAUACACAAGUAGUAAAUGAUGGAAGCGGCCGUCUCGCAAUUAUUAUGGAAUUAGCAAAUACCAAUUUGCGUGAUGAGCUUAAUAAAAUAGAAAAUUAUUUCGGUAUACCAUAUAGAAUGUUAAUUCUUCUUAUUGCUCAUUUAGAACGUGGUUUGUCUUAUUUAAAUGAGCGAUUGAUUGCCCAUCGUGAUGUAAAGCCUGCUAAUAUUCUCAUUUGUUAUUCGAAUAAUAGUCCAGUUUUUAAAUUAUGUGAUUUUGGUGGAUCACGUAUUAUUGAAAGCCAAAGCCAACCAUUGAAUUCCAUUUGUGGCACUCCUGGAUAUUUGAAUGAAUAUUUAACUGCUAACCUCGCACUAAAAUCAAAGGCCCUUGUUUAUACAAAAGAUGAAUGUGAUCUAUGGGCACUUGGUUGUACAAUUUUUGAAUGUGCCACUGGAAUAUUGCCGUUUCUUCCAGCUAAAGGUCCUAUGGAUACAGCUACCAUGCAUAAAAUGAUGACCAAUAGACCAGCAGAUGCAAUUAGUGGAUUUACAACAGAAGAUGGUACUAUAAUUUGGCAAAAAGAAUUGCCAUUAGAUCGAUGUACAUAUCCUAAGAAUUUUCAAAGAAUUCUGUGUGAAUUUAUACGAAAACUUUUUGAUCGGCGAGCCUCAACCAAACUUUCUUUCGCUAUGUUCUCAGCAAUGGCUGUUGAAUUGACUACUUUGAGAAUUAUCAACCUUAUAAAUGUAAAUACGCUAUCUGUUGAAGAGUUUUUCGAUGUCUCUUCUGCCAAAUAUUUUGAGAGGUUCAAUUUAGAUCAAUAUUUGCGGCAAAUUUCUGGUUCUAAUUCCACAUCAUGUUUGUUAUUUCUUCCAUUAGGAAGUACCUCAGUUUUACAUCGUACGAUGCAUUGUGUUGGUCGAUCUAAUGAUAUUGUUUCAAUUGGAUAUUGGACAGAUAAUGCUACUCUUAAAGUCGAUAUUCAUCCUUCUAAUCAUCUGAAUGUAUCUGCUAUAACUCUUGAAAAUUUGCUUCAUUCCAAUCGAGAAUUGAAACACGCUGCGGCAAAUGUAUUGUGUUUAGAAAAAAAAAUCAUAGAAUUUGGAGAAUUUAUUCAGGAAGUCAUUCUAUUUUGCCGUAAAUUCUGGAUCACUCUAUCGAAAACGCUUGAAUGCAUUGUAAAAGAUUUAAACAAAGCUAAAUUGUUGCUCAAAGCUAUUGCCCUACAAUCUUCAGUUUUGGGUUUCUGUCAGCGAUCGAAUAUGGAACGUCAAGCUGUCAUAAACAAUGCGAAGCAAGUAGAAAAUGAACUCCUUAUAAUAGAAGAGAAACUUCGAGAAAUCCGAGAAAUGAUGGCUCAACUUCGAUCGGAUAUUGGGAAUUUAGAUACAAUUGAGAUCUCAUUACCUUCAUUUCGCAAAGAUUUCAUUGAAAAUAUUCUUAGAAAUAAGAUCAUCCGAAGUAGUUCAACUAUCCUAAAUUCUGUGGAAAAUUUGUUGGAAAAUGCAGAUUGUAGAUUUAUUUACAAUGCACUAAGAAAGGCGAUUAAUUUAUAUGAAAAAACUUCAUCUGCAACGGAACAAAUUUUUAAAAAACGUAUUGAAAUGGUCAUCAGGAAUAUUUUUGACUUGCCAGCAAAUUUGAACAAGGUAAAAAAACAGCUUGCUGAAAGUAUGGAACUUAUCGCUGUGACGCAUGAAACGAACGAACAUCGUUUCGAACUGAUUUUGGGGCAAAGUAAUUAUUCCAACAAUUCAAGUUCAAAUAGUACGAUUUGUAAUUAUGAACUAAAAGAUGGUAAAUCAAAUCUGAAAGAUACUGAACUGAAGAAUCUUCAGUUAAAAAACUUGGAUUCGAAUAGUGCAUUUUACUUGAAUUUGCAGAAAACUAAUUCACAACUUCGUAAUUUGUUAUUGGAAACAUUAAAUGACGCAUUAGGAAAACGCCGAGAAGCAAGCGAUUCAAUGAAAGAAACUGAAAAAAUGUUGGUUGAAUUAAAUCGAAUAUUUCCGUUAAGUAAAUAA